AUGGCGCCACACGCCUCAGCCUCCUCAGACGGAGAAACGGGCGCGACGCUGCGACAGACCCCCGGGGCAUUCCCGCCGCCGGCCGGGGAUGGAGCGAGGCGCAGUGACGUCGGCGUGCGUCACCGCGCACGCGGGCGGCAACGACGACUCCUCCUGGUACGUCCCGGCCCUACCAAUCCGGCGGGCGCUCGGCGUCGGGGGCGGGGCGUCCCACGGGCGGUCGCGCCUGCAGUGCGCAGAGGACACGGCGCGGGCAUGUACCGGCUCCUCAUCCAGAGCCUGGGCCGAGGCGUCCUGCGGGCCGCGGGGCGGCGGUGCCGGGGCUGCCCGGCGCGCCCGCUCCCGGGGCCGGCAGGAGGCCGGCUGCCUGAGGUGGAAGUGCCGCCCUCCCGCGUCGCGCCGCGCGGCCGGGGCCCGGGCCUGCUGCCGCUGCUGGCAGCCCUCUCUUGGUUCUCGAGGCCCGCGGCGGAGGAGCGGCCGGCAGCGGGCGGGGCCGCCGCCGGGGACGCGGCGGACGAGGCCGAGGCCGAGAUCAUCCAGCUGCUGAAGCGAGCCAAGUUGAGCAUCAUGAAAGAUGAGCCAGAAGAGGCUGAGUUAAUUUUGCAUGACGCUCUUCGUCUUGCCUAUGAGAGUGAAAACAAGAAGGCCAUCACUUACACUUAUGAUUUGAUGGCCAACUUAGCAUAUAUACGGGGUCAGCUUGAAGAUGCGGAAAAACUUUUUAAGGCAACAAUGAGUUACCUGCUUGGAGGGGGCACGCAACAGGAAGACAAUGCAAUAAUUGAAAUCUCUUUAAAGCUGGCCAGUAUCUAUGCUGCUCAGAACAGACAGGAAUUUGCUCUUGCUGGCUAUGAAUUCUGCAUUUCAACUCUAGAGGAAAAAAUUGAAAGAGAAAAGGAAUUAGCAGAAGACAUUUUGUCAGUGGACGAGAAAGCCAAUACUCGCCUCCUCCUUGGCAUGUGCUUAGACGCCUAUGCUCACUACCUUCUGUUCUCCAAGCAGCCGUCACAGGCACAAAGGAUGUAUGAAAAAGCUUUGCAGAUUUCUGAAGAAAUAUUAGGAGAAAGACACCCACAGACCAUUGUGCUGAUGAGUGACCUGGCUACCACCCUGGAUGCACAGGGCCGCUUUGAUGAGGCCUGUGUUUAUGUUCAGAGGGCCUCAGAUCUGGCGAGACAGAUAGAGCAUCCUGAGCUACACAUGCUGCUCAGUAAUCUGGCUGCAGUUCUGAUGCACAGAGAACGAUAUGCACAAGCAAAAGAGAUCUACCAGGAAGCCCUGAAGCGAGCAGAGCUGAAAAGAGAUGAGGUUUCUGUACAGCACAUCAGGGAAGAGUUGGCUGAGCUGUCAAGAAAAAGUAGACAUUUGGCUUAAUUUUAUCAAGCUCUACAUCCCUUUUUGUUGUAGAGAAUUUGCAGUAACAGCUAUUCCAGUCUCAGUAGCACCCAAAUCAAUGGCCUAAAUACUUUGUCCUUGAUAUUCAAGUUUCCUCAACUUAGCCUUGUGAAGGACAAGUUGUAUAUAAACACUGCCACUUUUGUUUUUGUGUUUUUAAAGCUUUCAUUCCCAACUGAUACAUGACUUCUAAAGAUGGAUGUCAAGUGAUGGUUUCAGUUGUAACAUUUGUGCUGGCCGUGCUGGUCUAAAUGUAACUACAGAUUAGGAUGGGCCAGUUUUCCUCUGGGUGGGCGGUGAUAAUUCAGCCAGGCAUCUCUCCCAUAAGAUUUUGGUCCAUUGAUUUGCUGCCCUCUCUUCUCUUAUUUUAUCAAUAUCUGGCAGACCAGAGCUACCUGUCUCAUGGCAAAGGGGGAUUAUGGUGAGUUAUUUUUCUUAUAAUCUAUUUCAUGAAGCCCAGUGUGGGACUGAAUGCAUAAAGGAGGAAAAGUAAUUAUCUUGGUUUGCCACCAGCAUCCAGCAUAAAGUUUUAAAGUGGGAAUUAGGCACUUGAAAAGUAUAGCACCCAUUUGAUUAUAAAUAAAAGUGAACUGUAUGUUUUAUAUUAUCUGAUUCUAUACAACUGUGAAAAAAAGGGGAGGAAAGGAAUAAUAUAUCCCCUUGUCAGUGCUGUCUGAGCACUCUGAUUCCUUUGCAACCCAGGACAUUCUAAUAUGCACUGCUGGUACAGUAGAAUCAUCACUAACCUGGAUCCUAGUCCUGGCUUUUUGAGUGUGUAUCCUCAUUUGUAGAGUAGGGAACAAAUGAGAUUCUCUCUCAGCCGUGGGAGAACAUAUUUGGUCAGGUGACCUUAAAUGAGUAGGCUGCUGUGUUGAAAGAGCUUUAUCACACUGCUUCACAGUAUAUAAAGUAUAGAAAUACAAGAUACACAUGGAUGUUUUCACCUUAGGAGUCUUGCAGAGAGCUGUUUGCCUAGGGGGAAGGCAAUUUUUCUAGGUACCACGAAGGAACACUGUUAUUGUUGGCAUGCCUGUGGGGGUGGGGAUAUGAGCAGGAAUGAUAAACUGAUACUUUUGGUUCCUGUGUACUUACUGGAAGAAUCCUUUCAUAAUAAACUAGAGACUCUACAACAAUAUUGUAUGUAUUCCGUAAUCUUUGAGUGUCUUAUAAAAGAUAAUUUGCUAAAGAGUUAAAAAUACUAGAAACCGUCAGGUCCAAAUCCUCAGAGAUUAGACUAAAAGCAGAAUUUUAUAUUUUGCAGGGUAAAUUUCUUCCCACUUUGUCUAAGCUCAUCAAUUAUUUACCACCCAGCUAAUUCUUUUAAUCAAGUCUAACUCAGAAAGAUGAACUAUAAUAUAAAUCAGAUUGAAUUUCAGUGUAACCCAGUCUUAAUUUAUUGGUAAUGAAAAAAAAAUUAGCAUCAACUACUCACCUUCUGCAUUAAGAACAUUUUUACCUUUUCACAAUUGCAGGGCUUACUAAAAGUUAGAUUUUCAUUCCAGGUUUUAUUUAAGAAUUUUUGACCCUCUACAAUGAUUCAGCUCAUGGUCCUGGUGCUGGAAAAAUUGUAGUUUUCAGAGAAACCGUCUCUGCAUGUGGGUGUGAGAGGCAGUCUCUCUUCAUGUUUUUCAUUAAAGUUCAUUGCACUGUUGUAAAAAGGUAGCAAAGCAAAGCAGGAGGAAGACUGACUCUUUUACUGACUGGUCUGAAUUCAAAAGUGAAUUGUUAAAAAUAGUGUACUUUAAACUUUUGAACUGUUCACUGGGGUUUUCAGGGCAUAAAUAUUUUAAAAAUAAAAUCACUCAGCAUACCAAAGUAAAAGCAUUAUGAAACUUCUAAUCAUACUUCUAUGAAUAGUAUUAGGAAGACCUUAAUUUAGUUCGGGGUGCUAAAAAAUCAUGCGUAAGGAUGUGUAGCUUCAGAAUGCUGAGAUCGCAGCCUGCAGAGUGCUACGCCUUUGUUUACAGUUCACUUCUGCAAAUCAUCAGUCUCUCAAAGCGCUGUGCUUGCCGUCAGUCAUGCUAAGGUGGCCCUCCACCCCCUCCCAAGACGGUUUGCUCCAUAGGUAAGCCAUACAAAAAUUCUGUCCUGUCGUUGUUCUUAACUAAGAAAUGAUAUUGGAUUUUAUCUCCCAUUCUGAAAUCUCUUCUCCAGGUGAUGGUAAAUGUAGUAAAACAAACAUGCAUGGUGAUGAGGAUAGGGUGAGUGGUUAAUAGCUGCUCACUUUGGGGUCCUCAAUUGGAACUACAGAAACGACAAGUUAGGCUCUGAUCUGAGUGUUCUCAGGAACUCUUCUGACUUGAAAUAGUUCAAGAGCCUCGGGGUCAUAGAAAAAUACCAUCAAUCUCUUUUGGGUCAGUUGGCAACAUAAAUUAUCAACGAAGUCUAAAAUAUUACCAGUACCUAAAAAAAAUUUCAGCAGAAAGAUGUUAAGUAGAACAUUUAGUUUUCAUUCACAUUAAAAUUUUAUGUAUAUGUACAUAAAUUUAUAAUAAAGUGAUACCAACUUUCCAAGUAGUAGAAAUCAGAUUGCUAAACCUGAUCUAAAGUUUAUUUUGAGGACCUCAAGUCUACAAGAGUGGGACAGUAAUAUGAGUGAAGGCUUUAACUUCAGACAAACGUGGAUUUAUGGCCUAUCUUUGUCGCUUAUUUAACUUGAUGGGCAAACUACUGAACUUGUGUCCUCAUCUAUAAAAUAAAGAUUAGAUACCACUGCCACAGGAUGAUGUGAGGGUCUCAAUCACGCAUAUGAAAUACUCAUUACAAAAGAGGCACUCAGUCAGUGGUUAUCAGAGACCUGCUUUCUUUAGAGGCUUGAGUACUUUUGUUAAAAAGUUUAGGUCUACUUAAAGUCUGCAAAGCAGUAAUUUUUAUCAUCCUGAGAGAUCUCUAUUUCUCCUGUUUCUAAUCAUCAGUGGCAUUCUCCCGAAACCGUUAUCUGUAUGCUUAGUACCUAUACGAAGGAUGCUUCAAUGCUAUCUAUGCUUAAGUUGUAUUAAAAAAAUCUAAAAAUUCAACAAGCAAUUAUUAAUGAAAGUUUAAACUGACCCUCUAGUACCAUAAUUAGUUUAAAAUUCCGUCUUUUAAAUUAUUUGCUCCUUGAGAUUCAGUGAAAUGAAAACAUUCAGCAGUAAACUCUUGCCCACAAGGAAUCAAAGUGAGUAAAUCACUAGCACGCAGGGAAGGGGAAAGGACCAUGUGGUCACCAUGAGAGUUCAGGAUAUGCAGCACAAAGCAAAUCUGAAGGACUAGAUUCUACACGGAUCAUCAUCUUCUAACUCAAUCAAUAAUAUGUAUCAAACUGAAGAAAAGUGUAAGUUUUUCCUUUGAGAUCUGAGACACCAAGAGCCUUCAUCACAAAUAAUCUACUGUAGCUAUGGACAGGGUAGUCAAAUUUAUUUCAAAACAAAAGCUUUGUUGGGCUGCAUCAAAUGCAGGAGGAAAAAGAAUACUUCGGGGCAUGGUCAAAUUACCAGUGUGCAUAACAGUGAGGUAUGCUCAAAUAAGCCUUUAAAACUUUAAAACCUGAACUAUAACAUACCCAUGCAGUAAUAUUUUUUCAGUGCUACUAAUUAAAAAAAAAAAAAAAAUUAAAGCCUGCAUUGGAAAUUUACAAAAUGGCAGAAUUUUGUGUCUCCUACCUUUUGACCGUAAUAUGUUAAUGUACAGAUUUUAUGACAGGGUCUGUGUUAAAAAAUCUAAACAUUUCCACAAGAUUUUAAACAUCACUGGGAAUCUGAAUUUAGAAGAGACAAAAUUGGAUAAAAGUACAAUGCCCGUGACAGCCAACGUUUUGUAACUGGGCUGUAUGAGGUUGUUUAGAAGGCAAGGGUUAAAAAGAUAGAUGAAAAGAUUUUUAAAAAUUACCCCCAAAGUUGAUGCGCUGAUUUGAAUAUAAGUACACCAGAUACUACAGCAUGGGGAAACACUGCAAAAAGAUAAUCUAUUUACAGAAGAGUGAUUUAAAGACAUUAUGUUUUUUGUUUUUUUUUUUUUUACAAACAGAUGUAAGAACAGGAAUUGUCCACUUUUUAAAAACUCUACAUUUCAACCUCCACUAUUAUUAUAAUUUGCUGAACUGCCUGUAUCAAAGGCAGUUCCCCCCCAUUUGACUCUCCAAAUAAAUUUCCAUCAUUUCUUCAUCAUCCAUGGUCCAGGCUCUCCUGAAAAGUCUCUGGGCACAAGUCAUAGGAGGGCAGGUUUUUGACCUGCAAUUAAAAA